GGAGACGGUGAUGACAAUGAUGAUGAUGAUGAUGAUGAUGAUGAUGAUGAUGAUGAUGAUGAUGAUGAUGAUGAUGAUGAUGAUGAUGAUGAUGAUGAUGAUGAUGAUGAUGAUGAUGAUGAUGAUUUGGAUGAUGAUGAUGAUGAUGAUGAUGAUGAUGAUGAUGAUGAUGAUGAUGAUUUGGAUGAUGAUGAUGAUGAUGAUGAUGAUGAUGAUGAUUUGGAUGAUGAUGACGAUGAUCAUGAUGAUCAUCAUCAUGAUCAUGAUUCGGAUGAUUCGGAUGAUGUUGAGAGGAGUACAAAUAAUGUGCCGAGGUGUAACAUUUCUAUAAACACUUUAUACUUAACAAUCUUCAGAAGUUCAUUUUGUAUACUUAUUAAACAAUUUAAUGAACCAAUGAAAUAAUGAAUAUUCUAAAGAAUAAGAAUAUGUGGCAGUUACAAUACACUACAAAAUGUCUCCAUUCUAAUAAAGAAGUAAAACUACACCAUGUUUAGUAUACAAAAAAAGGAUAAAACUUUCCUAAACAAAACGAUUAUGUCAACUAAGGUCAAUUCCAUUAGAAUACAUCAUUGAAUAGCAUUGACAACAUUAAACAAUAUUACAUAACAUUACUUAGUAACUAGAAAAAAAAAAAACAAUACACAACAACAAUGGAUCAUCAAUGACAAUAAUAACCUACUACUUCUUGAAUUCAUUCAACGAAUGAAUGAAUGAAUGUAAAUUCUACUAAACACAUAGACAUGAAUACAUUUAUAGAUAUAUACAAACAAAAGUUGUCAUGUAUAACCUUUAACAUGAAUGCAAAAUAUGUUACGUAACAUCUAUCUAUAUAGAAGUAGAGUGUUUUUGUUGCUAGUCAGA